AUUUUUCUCGCAAAUUUUUUUUCGCUGUCCCUCGACUCCCUCCCCCCACACGGCCACUGCCACCAGUCCACCACCACGUCCCCGCCGUCGUCGCCGUCUCCGUCUCCGUCUCACCCCACGCGCGUCCCGUCGCGUCCCGCUGCUGCUGGGAGGCGCGCCCGCUCGCUCGCGCGCGUCGCCGUGACGCUGCUUCCGCGCGCCGCCGCCGGCACCUCCCCAGCGCGUGGGUUCCAAGUCAAGGCGGCAGGGGGGUCCGGGGAGAGCGGACGGCGCGGGAGGAGGGGGGAUAAAGGCGGCCGCGGCGCGGGCGUGAGCUGCAGAAGCGGAGCAGAGGCGGCGUUCGACUCGGGCGGUGCGCUGAGCUCGGGGAUCGGCCGCGCGGGCCCGAGGAGGAUGGCGCAGGCCGAGGAGGCGCAGGCGCCGCUGCUGCAGACCGAGGAGGCGGACGCCGAGUGGAGCUCCAGGCCGCGCCGCAUUGCUCUCUUCGUCGAGCCUUCGCCCUUCGCCUACAUCUCGGGGUACAAGAACCGGUUCCAGAACUUCAUCAAGCAUCUACGAGAGAUGGGUGAUGAGGUGUUGGUAGUAACUACACACAAGGGAGCUCCCGAGGAAUUCUAUGGAGCAAAGGUCAUUGGCUCGUGGAGCUUUCCAUGCCCAUUGUACCAAAAUGUUCCACUUUCGCUGGCACUGAGUCCUAGAAUAUUUUCUGAGGUGAAUAAGUUCAAGCCGGAUAUAAUUCAUGCUACCUCACCUGGAAUUAUGGUUAUUGGUGCUCUUGCUAUAGCGAAGAUGGUAUCAGUUCCAAUGGUGAUGUCUUAUCACACACAUCUUCCAGCGUACAUACCGAGAUACAAUUUAAAUUGGUUACUUGAGCCCACGUGGAGUUUUAUAAGAUGCCUGCACAGAGCUGCAGAUCUCACUCUAGUUCCUUCAGUAGCUAUUGCCGAAGACUUUGAAACUGCUAAAGUAGUACCAGCAAACAGAAUACGGCUGUGGAACAAGGGCGUUGAUUCUGAAAGCUUUCAUACUAAAUAUCGGAGGCAUGAAAUGCGCGUCAGAUUGAGUGGUGGUGAGCCAGAGAAACCAUUAAUAAUACACGUGGGCCGUUUUGGACGAGAGAAAAAUCUGGAUUUUCUGAAAAGGGUUAUGGAGAGGUUCCCUGGAGCAAGAAUUGCCUUUGUUGGAGAUGGACCAUACAGGGCUGAGCUGGAAAAAAUGUUCACAGGCAUGCCAGCAGUUUUCACUGGAAUGCUCCAAGGUGAGGAGCUCUCACAAGCAUACGCCAGUGGAGAUGUAUUUGCAAUGCCUUCAGAGUCUGAGACUCUUGGGCAAGUAGUUCUGGAGUCCAUGGCUUCUGGAGUCCCAGUUGUUGCUGCUCGUGCUGGAGGAAUACCCGAUAUAAUACCCAAGGACAAGGAGGGCAAGACUAGCUUCUUGUUUACACCUGGAGAUCUCGAUGAAUGUGUGAGGAAGAUAGAGCAGCUCCUUAAGUCAAAAGAUCUCAGAGAAUCUGUUGGAAAGGCUGCCAGGGAAGAGAUGGAGAAGUGUGACUGGAGAGCAGCCUCGAGGAAAAUCCGCAACGAGCACUACAGCUCUGCAAUGUCAUACUGGCGGAAAAAGAUGGGCAAAACUUGACUAGGUUCCAUCGUUUCAGUCAGGAAUCAUUCUGAUGCUGCCCUCUCCGACUAGUUGCUGUCAAUAACUAAAAGAAUUUGUACAUUGUACCCAAACAGCUUGCAAGUUUGUGUGGCUAGCUGCAUUCAUAUCUCCACAGUUAUGAUGAUUGACCGACUACUACUUGUAUGAAAUUCAUGUACAUUAGACAGCCCUUUGAGAUUGCCCAUUGUAAUCUGCUAACUCAGAAGAUUUGACGCAAAUGCUCCAACAACUUCUAAGUAGUACCUUCAUUGUUUAGACAUCA